UAUUUGAGACGGUAAGAUGAAUGGAAUGAAUGGAAAAUGCCCAGAAAACUUUGAAUCAUCCUUACCAACACUUUACCUUGCAAUCGAAAAGAAAGUGGAGAAAAUUGACUCAAAAUACCAUGCAAUUCUUCACACACAUCAAGACCAUAAUUUACUUAAAAAGUAUAUCAUUUUACGAGGUUAUCAUAUACAAAAUGUUAGCUUCAACAGUUUUACUACCUUUACCACAUGAUCAUUUACAAAAAAAACUGAAAUAUGCAUAGUUUUGACUUCUCGAUCAAUUUUACAUUGCCUGAGGUGCAAUGGGUAUGAAAAAAAUAACAGCCAUCCAACUUGUAAGCAAUAACGGGAGCGAGAAAGAUCGAUGAUUUGUGCUGAGCAUGUGCUAUAGUUGGGUGGGAGUGAACGAGUGAACGCGAUUCAUAAAAAAAGAACGACCAGUUCUUUUGUGUACUUUUUGACGGAUAUCACACUCCUACAACUGAACUUCACGGUUCAGUGUUCGAUGCCACACACAUCCACUCAUACAAGAGACAAACAUGUACGAAUCGACAUUCUAUGGUAGUGAAUAUCACACCCAUACACCUAAAUGUAUCGAACGCAUUCGAACGGCACGAACGGCGUACGUACGAAUCACGACUCUGUAGUGGAGGAAAUUGCACCUAAGCAACCGUGUGUGUCGAACGCGUUCGAACGGGGAAGUUUUGUUUUGUGACAGGUAUUGAAUUAUUGAAUCUAUUUCGGUAAUAUUGUCUGUUUUUGGCAAAUACGUACCGAAAAGCAAGACGAGAAAGAUUGCACGAUUGACUGACACUUUUGUUACAAUAGCGAAGGAUCUGGGUGCCGCUCUUCGAGUCGGCUUUUAACUUUGGUGCUGAAUUCGAAUCAAAUAUAAGGUAAGGAAUACGCAUUGAAAACACUGCAAUUGGAAUGUAUUUAACAAGCGUGUUAUGUUUUCAGAUGGCACAGCACAGCAAUUACGCCAGUCCAAUCUGGAACCACUUUACCAAGAUGGAAAAAGGAGCGAAAUGUAAAUAUUGUCUAGCAAUAUUGAGUUAUUCCAAAAGUACGACUUCAAAUUUGAAGCGUCAUUUAUUAUCCAAGCAUCGGAAAGUGCCUUAUAAAAAGCAGAUACAUAAACAUUAUCCAACUACAAGCGAAACCCCUACCCAGGAACCCCAUACAUCUGGUGCGCACUUUAAUAGUGAUAGUGAGUCGCACAUUCCUCCUCCGACAAGUUCAAAAUUGAGCUGCUUACAGAGCAAAAUGAGCCCUGAAACAAAACGGCAGCUCGAUAGGAUGCUGUUAGAAUUCAUUACUAAGGAAUGUCUUCCAUUCUCAAUUGUCGAGAAUGAAGCAUUCCAAAAGUUCUUACAUACGCUUAAUUCCGAUUACAAACUACCUAGCAAGAAGAGCAUUACAAACGCAUUGUUACCAAGUGUUUACAACGAAGAGAUAGAGAAAGUAAAAGUAAAUGUAUCAUCAGCAAAUACCAUUGCACUAACAACGGAUGGUUGGUCAAACAUUAAUAAUGAUAGUUUUUUGGCUCUGACAGCCCACUACAUAGACAAAAGCCUUAAUUUACAAUCAAAACUUUUAGAGUGUUCUGAAUUCCCAGGAUCACAACAUACAGGAUUUCAAAUUGCUUCAUGGAUCAACAACGUGGUCAAGAAAUUUGAAAUAGAAAAAAAAGUAAUUUCGAUUGUGACUGACGAUGCUCCGAACUUGAAGGUAGCUUCCACAGAUUUAAAUAUUCCACACAUUCCCUGUUUUGCACGUAACUUAAAUUUGAUAGCCCAAAAUGCUAUAAGAAAUUCUAUACAGACUACAGUAGAUGAAGUAAAACAUGUAGUGAUGUAUUUUAAACAAAAUAUAAAGGCAUCGCAUAUGUUAGUAGGUACCCAGAUCAAACAUAAACACGAAACAAUGAAAUUAAAACAAGAUGUUCCAAAUAGAUGGAACUCGACAUUUGACAUGAUGGACCGAUUUUAUAAAAACAAAAUUCCUAUACUUUCGUGCAUAGACCGUUUAAAGGUGAAAACAAAGAUGCAAAACAGUGAUUGGCUGAUUAUCGAACAAUCAUUGACCGCCCUCAAAUACUUUGCAUCAGCGACUAAGUUAAUUUCGGCAGAGAAACAGACCACACUUUCACAUGUUGGUUUAUUAUGCGACGUAUUGUUGCGCAAAACUUCAGCACUUUUGAGUGACACCAACUUAGUUCCAGAAGUAAAAAGUCUCAUAUCUUUACUAGUCGAAGGUAUGGAACAAAGACUGCAAGUGUAUAGAGAUAAUCAACAAAUUUGGAAGUCAAUGUUUUUGGAUCCACGUGUAAAGAAAGCCGGUUUUCAGAAUGAGCCCGAGAAAUAUAAAUACACUUGCGAUUUAAUAUUGUCAGAAAUGCUUCUCUUGCAAGAGAAAAAACAUACAACGGAUACCGAAGAAUCCUUUAGAUCUAGCAAUGAUGCAACUUUGUUGUAUGGCGACAUUGUGAGCCAAGAAUCAGAAAAUAUGAAUACACUUAACGAACUGGUGGAGGAUGAGAUCAGCGUGUAUAUAAAGGUAAACACAAUUGGAGUAGAACGCGAUCCACUGUUAUGGUGGCAAGAAAAUUGUACAAAAUUUCCAACACUCUAUACUUUGGCAAUGAAAAACCUUUGUGUACCAGGUACUUCGGUGCCUUGCGAGAGAGUUUUUUCAAAAGCAGGCCAAAUAUUGCUGGAAAAACGAAAAAGACUUUUACCAAAAAAACUGCACGAAACACUUUUUUUACAAUUUAAUUGUUAAUUCAACUUCUUAACAUUGUUUUGUUUUUUUUAUGCAAACGUACACAAAGUAGAGCUAAUAUUUCUAUUGUUUUAGUGAAGCUAGAAGGUCAAUGAAAUUACAAUUAUAGUAAGAUUUCAAUAAAUUUCAAAAUUAUGCAAAAUUAUAUAAAUUAAUAAAUUUCAAUUUAUUGAUACUUUGUAAAACAGCUUCUUUAAAACAAUAUCCUACCCCUUGUUUUUUAAACACUAUACAUCUCUAAGCCAUACCUAAAUGGGCCAUGGAUCAAGUAUGAGAA